GUGACGGACGAUCGCUCCAUCCGGCCUCGGUACGAACGCGUCGGACUCGGUUCGCUUGAGUCUGGCUCCGCCUGAACGCGACCGAAGAGUUCGGAUGUCGCUCGCGCGCUCGGAGCGAUGACGGACAGCCAGGUGCACGCGCAUUGCUCAUUCCCGACGCCGCUGGUCCUGAUGCUGCGGGCGCACGAGCAUCAGCAGCUUCACUGAGACGCUCAGAACCUCGGAUCGGAUGGACUCGAGCCUCGAACGAAGCGAUGACAUCUGCGGACAGACCGUCACCGACGUCUCCGAACCUCGGCCGAGCUCGUGAAUGAACCCUCACCCCGUGGGCUUCGCGUCAUCAUCACGAAACCUUGCGAGGACGCGGAUCUGCUGCUUUGACUUCGAUUCCGAGUGGUUCAUGAGAUCUGCAGAAUUUCUUCCACGGUCUGGAGAGACUCCGGCGCUUUAACCUGGAUAUGUUGAAAGGCACGUAAGGAUGGAUGGGAUUAUUAGCGUUUUGGGGGUCCUGACGCUCGUUUUGGAGGGCAUCUCAUGCCAGGGAGUGUAUGCGCCUCCGACCGUCCGGAUCAUGCACUCGGGUCACGCGUGUAACGUGGAGGAGGAGCGUUACUCUGAGAGGGUUUACACCAUCCGAGAGGGAGAGAUGCUCGAGCUCACCUGCCUGGUCACCGGACAUCCACGACCACAGAUUCGAUGGACCAAGACAGCAGGAAGUGUUUCGGACCGAUUCCAGGACUCCAGCGUGUUCAACGAAACACUCCACAUCGCCAAGAUCCAGAGACAUCAAGGCGGACGCUAUUACUGCAAGGCCGAGAACGGACUGGGUUCACCGGCCAUCAAGUCCAUCAGGGUGGACGUCUACUAUCUGGACGAGCCUGUGGUGACUGUUCAUCAGAGUAUCGGUGAAGCUAAAGAGCAGUUCUACUACGAGCGGACGGUGUUUCUGCGCUGCAUCGCUAACUCCAACCCUCCCAUCCGCUACAGCUGGUUCCGCGGACGAGACGUUCUCUCGCAAGGCUCUGAUAAAGGUGUGGAGAUCUACGAGCCCUUCUUUACCCAGCUCCAGGGGGAAACUAAGAUCUUGAAGCUGAAGAACCUGAGACCCAAGGACUACGCCAACUACAGCUGCAUCGCCUCCGUCAGGAACGUGUGCGGCAUCGCCGACCGCAGAGUCGUCUUCAGACUCACCAACAAAACUGCUCCCGCCUCCAUCAAGCUGCUGGUGGAGGAUCCGAUCGUGGUGAAUCCGGGUCAGACGGUGUCUCUGGUCUGCAUCACCACCGGAGGAGAGCCGACGCCGAGCCUGAACUGGACCCUCAGCUCCGGAUCUCUGCCGGAGAAGAGUCUGAUGAAGGACGGGACGCUCACACUGCCAGCCAUCGCCUCGGAGGACGCCGGCAUCUACAGCUGCAUCGCCAGCAACAACGUGGGCAACCCGGCCAAGAAAUCCACCACCAUCAUCGUUAGAGCGCUGAAGAAGGGCCGCUUCUGGAUCACUCCGGACCCGUACCACAACGACGAUAACAUCCAGAUCGGCCGCGAGGUGAAGAUCUCGUGUCAGGUGGAGGCCACGCCGCCCGAGGAGCUGCAGUUCAGCUGGCUGAAGAACGGCCGGCCGUUACGCAGCUCCGAGCGCAUGGUCAUCACACAGACUGACCCCGACAUCUCGCCCGGAACCACCAACCUGGACAUCAUCGACCUCAAGUUCACCGACUUCGGGACAUACACCUGUGUAGCAGCUCUCAGAGGAGGAGCCAUCCCCGAGAUCAGCAUCGACGUCAACAUCUCCUCCACCACUGUCCCUCCUCUGUUUUUCUCUUUCUUAGUUCCUCCGAACCUGACCGUACCGCGGGGCAAGUCUCCGAUGGCGGUGCGGGAGGGAGACACGGUGGAGCUGGAGUGCCUUGUUUCAGGGAAACCCAAGCCCAUCAUCCUGUGGUCUCGGGCGGAUAAGGAGGCGCCGAUGCCGGACGGCAGCAUGCAGAUGGAGACCUACGACGGCGUCCUGCGCAUCGUUAACGUGUCGCGAGAGAUGAGCGGAUCCUACCGCUGCCAGACCAGCCAGUACAACGGCUUCAACGUCAAGCCCAGAGAAGCUGUGAUCGAGCUCAUCGUCCGCUAUCCUCCGGCGGUGGAGCCGGUGUGGCAGGAGGUGCGGCAGGGUUUGGGUCGGACGGUGUCCAUGAACUGUCGUGUUCUUCGGGCUCAUCCGUCACGCGUGCUGCGCUACGAGUGGAGGCUUGGCUCACGGCUGCUGCACGCCGGCACCUUCGACUCGCGCGACGACACCGACUACACCGUACGCAACCUGGCGCGGGAGGGCUACGGCGAGUACACCUGUGACAUCAUCAACGAGGUGGGGCCGGGACGCUGCACCUUCCUGGUGACCGGGAAAGCGUAUCCUCCAGAGUUUUAUUACGACACAUAUAACCCGCUGUGGCAGAACCGGCCGCGUGUGUACGGAUACAAGCUGCAGUGGACACAGAUGAACCCGAACGCUGUGGACCGGAUCAUGGUGUACCGCCUCGGGAUACGACAGACGGGGAAGCAGCGCUGGUGGGAGCAGGAGAUUCAGGUGGAGGGAAACAUCCAUAAAGGAGAGCUGAUCACUCAUAACCUGACGGAGCUCAUACGACCCGAGGCGUACGUGGUUCGACUGACGCCCAUCACACGCUUCGGAGAGGGAGACUCCUCCACCCGAGUCGUCACGUACAGCGUUCCCAUCAAUCCUCAUCUGAGAGAGUUUCACUGCAGUUUUGAGGAGGAUCCCGUCUGUAUGUUCACUCAGGACAAGAACGAUGACUUCGACUGGACGAGACACAGCGCAGCCACACGUGACACUAAAUACACGCCCAACACGGGGCCCAGCGGGGACCGCAGCGGCUCCAAACAGGGUUUCUACAUGUACAUUGAGACGUCCAGACCCCGAAAAGAGGGUGAUACGGCUCGUCUCCUGAGCCCAACGUUCAACGUGGCUCUUAAAAGCUCCUACAGCAUCAGCAGCCCGCCGGCGUACUGCUUCAGCUUCUACUUCCACAUGUUCGGCAAACACAUCGGCACUCUGAAUGCAUUUGUGAAGCAGAAAGGUCAGUCGACUUCAGAAGCCGGUCCAGUCUGGUCUCUCAGCGGGAACCAAGGGGACCGAUGGAGACAAGCCAAAAUUAGCAUCCAUCCCACUGCCUCCUUCCAGGUGAUGUUCGAGGGCAUCCGCGGCCCCGGGAUCGAGGGGGACAUCGCCAUCGAUGAUGUCACUCUCGAGGAGGGGGAGUGUCCUGACCCUCCGUCCAAUCCGAUCAGAGGAGCGGCUGCACACAGCGUCUCCAGUAUAUGGCCAUUGAGCGUCACGCUGUUUUAUACCGUAUUCAUUGGUCUGAGGUGACACUCCACGUGAGAAGAGACUCCAGACACGUCCCUCAAUAUAUAAUCACCAAAGAUUCAUGCUUUCGGAUCGCUUGGAAGGCACAACCACAAACAGAAAAGUAAUAACUAAUGCUAAAAAUAAAUUCUCUCGAUGUCUGGAACCAACCGAGGGUUUGAGCACUGACCCGAGAAGCACAACGACUACAUCGCAAUCUGGAUUUAAUCGUGAAUGAAGAUUCCCCUUCCCUGUUUUCCAUCUUGAGAUGCUGUUGUGCUUUGGAGUACUUCUCAUCUUCUUCUGUUAGUCCCGAUCUUGAAUUGUUCUGGAUUUGGUUCAGAUUGGCGCUUUAAAACGCUUUAUUCACAACACUGUGCUCACGUUCCCAAGUGGAGAACCUUGCGUGUUUUGGCGUCUGUGAUGGUUCGUCAUCGUUCCCAGCACCGGUUGAGACAGAGUUUCUGCCGUUAAAAAAAAAAGAAGUGCCUUCAGGUUAAAAAACAAACAAAACUGAUCCGUUAGCCUGGCCAUCGACACCAAACGUCCAUGUUUCUAACAUCUCUGAUGGGCUAUUUUAUACUCAUUUCCACGAUGUUUGGCUGCUGGAGGACGAUGUAUGUACGAAUGUCACGCUCUCCAUCCCGAACCGUCAUGCUUCUGUCAUUUAUAUACCGAACAAUGUGCAUUCUGAGAGAAAAAUAAAAACACAAAAUAUUCAUAAUUAUAAUAAUAUUUUAUUACUCCAUCCAGAAUGUGUCUCAGCUUUUACACACGAACUGUGAAAGUCAGUGGUGGUAACUUAUCAAUGCUUUUAAAAAAAAGAAACGUGUCGAGUUGUGUCUCGUUUCUUCUGAUUUACAUUCAAAUGUUCCGACUUUAUUGUCUUUAUUUCUCGUCGUCUCCCUUGCAUUGCUGAAAAUAUUAAAAACAGGCAGAAACAUGCCGGUUUGUUAACUGUACAACUUGUAUAUGUAAAGAAGCUCUGAUUUAUACGAGAUGUUUUGUGUACGAGUCAAAGGAAGCACAACAUUUAGGAUUCAACCGUUUAGAAGCAUCAUAUAUGUGAGCGUCCUCCUGAAAAACCAACGUGAAAAUAAAACGUGACACUGAAAGCGUCGAAGCUAAUUGAAUCAAUACUACUUUACUUUCGCAUGGGCUAUUUUUAAAUAGAUUUUUCACAUAAUGGUAAUAUCGUUCAUGCAAAGGGUUAAAAACAAAAUACGAAAAACGUCAAAAGCUGACUUACAGUCAAAGAUGUUCAGAAGUCAUUUAAAGUAAUAGUUCACAUGAAAUUGAAAAUGUCUGAAAGAACGAGCCGGUGAAUAAUGAAGCGUGAUUAAUCUCUUGGUUUUACCGGAGGACGUGACGUCACAUAUAUGUGUUGGCAUGAUGUAAAAGAUUCAUUCACAGUACGAUGACUGACGCUCGUUACAGGACUUCAGAAUCAUCCGUCUAACGAAUCACGAGUCAAAUAUACAAGUCAAAUCAGCCAAACAGAGUGUCAGAGUCUUUAUGAUGUAAAAAUGAGACGGCCACAAGAAAACAAACCAAUACUAAUGAUGUUAAUCAAGGGCUAAAGGCAUCUUAGCUUGUUUCUGUGUGAACAAAUACUACAUGAGAAAUAUCAUUUGAAGUCAUGGAUGUAAUGUGUUUUCUGUUUAGAGCUGGGUUGAAUGCAUUUGUGAUGAUUUGCUGGUGAAAACGAGCCAACAUUGUGAGUAUUGCAAUGAUUUUAUUGCACUUUUUGUUUGGUGUUCGCAUAUGAUUCAUUCGAGUGAAUCACUUCAAAAUGUCCGAUUCAACAACUCCUUCCGAAAAGUCAUUCAAGUGUUUUAUUAAAAAUACUAUGUACUGCACAUAGUAUUUAAUGUACUGUAAAUAUUGCUGUUUAUUAUUCUGUAUUGUUGGUAAAUGAUUCAGAAUCGUUUGUGUUCGUUUAGUGUGGAACUGUUGCUUUGAUUGUUUGAAUUAGACUUUCACUGGGUUUUACUUUUAUGUUUAAACAUUUACAUUCUGAUUAUUGUCUGAAAAGUGUUGGGAUAAUUGCAUCACCAGCUCGAAUGCCAUGAUGAAAUGUUGAUAGGGUAACGAUUGGUCAAAUUUAACCCUCCUAUCGCAUUUUUGCAUUGGUGAAACGUGAGCUUGUAAAACUUGUAAUUUGUUUUGUCUAAAGCCAUAUUGUUUCUGAUCGGCAACUUCUCAUUAAUGAGGGAAUUCGCAAAAAAAAUCCAAGUUUACAGUGUUUUACCUUUUUAAUAUUUGAGAAAACUCAAUAAUUAUUGGAAAUUUCACAUUUUACAACAACUACAGUAAAAACACUGUGAUGCGAGAAACAAUAUAUAUUUAAAAUGAGAAAUUUUAUUUUGAUAAACCAUCAUAUGAAUUUUUUUUAAUCAUUUAAUAUGAGAAUUUAACCCAUUGAAAUGAAUGGAAUUAAAUUAAAUUCCUUUGAACUUACAACUUACUCUACUCAAAAACGACAUAUUCAUUUUCUAACAACGUAAAUAUUACUCUGGAAUUGGAAAUUCAAACAAAAUUCAUUCAUUUUAGUUUCAUAACCAGACAAAAAAUUCUGCAGUGCAGCAUAGUAAAAUAUGGACUUCUUCUCUUUCAAACUCUUUCCUUUAUCAAAUUUAGUCAUUUUAGUCAGAUUUUCAUUGGGCUGUAGUUCAUUAGAUACUGUUUAUUUGUUUUAGUCUGUUUAUAGUGACUCUGUGCCUGUUUAUUUAGAUUACCAACAGAAUUCAGUCCUAAAAGUCUGUGAGAGACAGGAAAGAGGCUACAUUUAUUUUACAGAAAUAAUUUGAGACCGAUCUAACUAAUAGAUGCCAAAAAAAAAAUGAAAAAAAUUCCUGUGUAGUCAAUUCACUUCCGGGUCAAAAAUGACCCGAGCACAUAACAAUUUAUUUUAAAUGGUUAUAUGUCUUAAAAAGUGUUUUUAAAAAUCUAGAAAAAAAUGAAUGAUGUGUAUUUUAAUAUUCUUCAUCCAUGUGAGAAGCUUUUAUUUCUGUUCUAAAAUCAAUGGAUUAAAAAAAAAUUAUGUGCUGCUUUUUUUUUUUUUUUUUUUUUUUUUACCGAUCUGAAUUCGAUAGGAGGGUUGGGACAUUAAUGAAUGUUCCAGUCAAAACACUGAUCAAAGAAUAAACGUGGUGUCAGACCUUCCAGAAUAUCUCAUAUACAGUAUAUAUUCAGUUCGUCAUCCGCAGAAGCGUCGAGUGUUUUAGUAGAGCUGAUCUGAAGACCUCGUCAUCUUCUGAAGAGCUUUAUGGCUGCUUCUCUCGCUCUCACAGACAUUUUAUCUUAAACCAACACAAGUGCAUGAAUGCAGAAGAAGUUUGCUUUUCUCGCUGACUGCAGGUCAAUCACUGGAGUUCAGUGUAAAUGGUUUGGUCUGAUCUGAUGUCCUGUAACAGCCGUUCAGUCAUUAUACUCGCUUAACAUCCAAUAAUGCUUCCUUUCACUGUAUUUCUUUGGAUUUGCCAUCCAUUUCUGUGUCAUUCUUGCAACUAAUAAUGAAAAAAUAAUAAUAAAGAAAGCUAUUUUA